AUAAACUCUGCAACAUCUCAAAAACCCACAAAACUAAAAUCAAAUUAACCAUUUUCUAACAUAGAUAUUUUGUUAUUUCUACUACAUUAGCCUUAUCAUGGGUUACUCAACUAUGGCAACCAGGCUUGUUUGUUUGGCAAUUGUGUGCCUUGUGACUUUUGGUCCUAAGGCAGAAGCAGCUGUUACAUCCUGUGGUCCAGUUGUGACUAGCUUAUACCCUUGUGUUUCUUACAUCAUGAAUGGUGGAAACACUGUGCCUGCUGCACAGUGUUGUAAUGGAAUAAGGAACCUUAAUACUAUGGCUCAAACCACAAAUGAUCGUAGAGCUGUUUGUACCUGCAUUAAGAAUGCUGUUAGCCAAAGUGGUUUCAGUUACACUAAUUUAAACCUUAACCUUGCUGCUGGUCUUCCAAGGAAAUGUGGUGUUAACAUUCCUUACCAGAUCAGCCCUAAUACCGACUGUAACAGUGUGCACUGAGGUUGAAACAUGAUGUGUGAAACAGUAACUUAAGAAGAAUGUUAUGUUAGUUUAUAGUGUGUGAGAAUAAGAGGCUACUCUCAUGAGUGACGUGAGAAUGAUCACUUGAAGUUGCUUCUUUCUAGCUUAAUAUUAUUGUAUUGUGUCUUUGUGUGUUAGUGUGUGGUUAUGCUGUUUGUGUACACUUUAUUGUGGGCACUAUAGCAUAUGUUAUAUAGAGUGUUAGAAUAAGUUGAUGGAUAUUUGCAAUGUUGUUGUAGUUUCUUACCUAAUGAUAUGUGAUGUUUAUUUGGGAAUGAAAUUUGAAAAGGUUAGGUAUGACAAAUGUUCUCAACUCAACAUUGACUUAAA